CUUAAAAUCCCCGAAAUUGAGCAAAAACCCUAGCCCUAGUUUCUCGCCCCAAUGACAUCACUUCGAUUUCAAUCGCAAAUCAACUAUUCUCUUGUUGCAGUUCCAUCGCUGCGAUCAAAGUUGGGUUCUUUCGAGAACGCUUCGAAACCCUCGAUGCUCCAAUUGAGAUUGAGUAGGCGGCGAUCGAGCUUGAGAUUUCGCGUUCGGGCUUCUAAUGACGAUUCGGGUUCAGGCGGUGGUGGUGGAGCUCGUGCAUUGAAGGGGAUGAUCGAUGCUCUUCCCCCUGCUGUUUUAGUGGUGCGGCGGAAUAUUGGCUCAAAAUUUGCAGUUGGCAUAUAUAUUGCAUUUGUGUUACUUGUGAUUGUUGUAAGAAAAGUGAUGCUUAAAAGGCGUAGCCCAACUCGUCAGGGUUCUGUUGCUGAUCUCGUGAGAAGGGGCCAAUUGAGAGCUGAUAGAAGAGGCAUCUCGAAGCCUCUGGAAUAUGAAGAUCCCUUUAAUAAUCCUUUAGUGAAGGUUGGUCAGAGUAAUUCGACCAUAGAGAUGUGUGGAAAGGUUUAUCGCUUAGCUCCUGUAAAGCUUACUGAAGAACAACAGUCAGAACAUCAGAAGAGGAGAUCGCGUGCAUAUCAGUGGACUAGACCGAAAGUUUUUCUAAAAGAAGGUGAUCCGAUCCCACCUGAUGUAGACCCUGAUUCAGUCAGAUGGGUUCCAGCCAAUCACCCAUUCGCUACCACCACCAGUGAUAUUGAUGAGAAAAAGGCCCAGGAUAAUGUUUCUCAAAAACAUGGUGUUCCCUCUCGCAUCAGAGAAGAACAUGAAGCCUUGCAGAAAAAGCUGGAGGCGCUUCAAAAUGGCCAAGACUUCAACGAAGUGACGAUCAACGUCCGAAGCAUCCAAGGUUCCGAAGGUGCAGUUAGCUCACAGAAAUCAAAACCACAGGAGCAGCCUAGUUCUUCUACAGAUCAGCAGUACAAGCAUAUGCCCUCGAAUCCAAAUACUGAGGACGGUUCUGGUGAAAACUUGUUACCAGAUGAAAUGAAGAGAAAAUUGUAGUUGGGAUUUCUACGGCAUGAUUUUAUAUGAAGAUAAUGGAAUUUGAUCCCAAACAAGAACAGCGUUAGCUAGUGAAAGUGGUUGGCUCCUAUGCGGAAAUUUGUACAUCAAAUUGUAUAUAUGCUCUGCAUCUGCCACUAUUUUGUAUUUACUGUGAAGUGUUUCGGGAAGUAAAUUCGAGACUUUCCCACGCAAAUGAAAGCCUUACCAUUGUCUUUGCAAAGUUGAGAAUGAGUACUGAAAGAUCAAUAAUCAAUCAAGCUCAUGUUUUCA